AUGGAGGAUCACCCAGUUCCAUUUGUCAGCUCUGGAAACAAGAAGAAGCGCAACUGGGAUCUCUACACCACUAGAUUUGACAUCCUUGAAGGUCCCGUACCAAAGAAACCACCCGCUAAUUCUGUUCAAAAGAUCGAUAGCCUUUCAGAGCUGAUUGCAGAAGUCAACAAGGAUACCAACGAUAAUGUCUACGUUCCAGCGGGGCGUACUCCGCAGCUGAUGCCCCGAGCAAUUCAAAUCUCUGGCAAUAUCCUCGAUGAGCUUGCUGAAUCUGUCCAACGAGACGUGGAGAUGAUGGAUAUUGAUGACAAAGUGUUCAAAAUGCAGCAGACAAGAGAAAUGCUUACGUCCGAGAUACAGCAGACAAUGAAAGGACACAGGGAAACGCUGUCCAAGGCGAGGGAGUACCAAGCUGUGGCUCACGAGCUUGCUCAGUAA